GUAAUGUCAACCAUUGCGGCUGGUCGUUUUGCAAAAGACGACGUCGAUCAGGACACCAAAUGGUGGAAGGAAUAUCCAUCAAAGCACUACAUUGAACGUGCUCGUCCACAGAACUACUAUGACGAGUUUGUUCAAAAUGCUUGGAGCAAGUCAAAGAGACUUGCUCGUGCCGCUUCAUUCACCAACUUGACCUAUAUCAAGGAUAAGGACAUGGAUUUUCCAAUUCGUAAAUCUGAUUCUGUGUCCACGUUGGCUCCAUCUCUAGCUUUGCCACAAUAUUGCAGAGAAGCCCAACGCAUUGUUCACACAGUUCCUGUAUACAAACCAACUGUUCAUGAUUGGUAUAACAAGAGUUAUAGUGAUGCCCGUUGGAGAGAUACUCAUCGUGAAAUCAAUAAACCAUAUAAACCAUUGGAUACUUACAUUUCUCCAGCUUCUUCUCAUGUUCCAUACUAUUCUUUCCAGACUAAACGAAUCUUCUUCGAUGAGAAAGCCCGUCAACUUGCUCCAUACUUGAAAGAAUCUCAACGUUAUAUGGAUAGAUAUGUUUCAUCUCGUCUCAAGGCUGAUGACUAUGCAAACCGUUUUGCUUACACUGCUUACGAAUGGAGAAAACCCCAAGAUCACUCGUUUAACCGUGAAUUCAUGACCACUCAAGGAGUAUUUGUUGCAACACCAACUGGAAUUCCUCACCAACACUACGACAAAUUCGGAAUGCGUCGUCUCUACAAGCGUACCGGCCGUUUCUUCUUCUAAAAAUAUCAUCCCUUCAUUUUUAUUUUACACUUUUUUGUUCAUAUUUUAAUUUUUCUAUACAAUAAUUUAGCCCUCGCUAUUGCCGAAUUAAAACUUAAAUUCAUUGAAUAAAAGUCUCAAAAUUC